CUCGCGGGACUCCCGAGAGGAGCGGAAGCGAGGCGGCUGUGCUGCUUCAGCGACCGGGCGGCGGCGGCGGCGGCCGAGAUUGUGGCGGUGACAGCGGCCGGAACAGGCGCUGCCCUCGGGGAGCAGCAGCGCGGUCGGCGGCCACGCACUCCGCUGUGGAGGGGCCGGUGCGGAGCGGAGCAGCUGCGCCACGGCGGCCUUGUGUCCGGAGCCGGAGCGGAGAGGAGGCUGAGCGCCCGCCGGCUGCUUGGGCAGGGAAGACUCCCUUCCCCCUGCUAGCUGUGAGCCCUGAGCAGCGCGCAGAAUGGAAGCCAUCGCCAAAUAUGACUUCAAAGCCACUGCAGACGACGAGCUGAGCUUCAAAAGGGGGGACAUCCUCAAGGUUUUGAAUGAAGAAUGUGAUCAGAACUGGUACAAGGCGGAACUCAACGGGAAAGAUGGCUUCAUUCCCAAGAAUUACAUAGAAAUGAAACCACACCCGUGGUUUUUUGGAAAAAUCCCCAGAGCCAAGGCAGAAGAGAUGCUCAGCAAACAGCGGCACGAUGGGGCCUUCCUCAUCCGGGAGAGCGAGAGCGCCCCUGGGGACUUCUCCCUCUCCGUCAAGUUCGGGAACGACGUGCAGCACUUCAAGGUGCUCCGGGACGGAGCCGGGAAGUAUUUCCUGUGGGUGGUGAAGUUCAAUUCCUUGAAUGAGCUGGUAGAUUAUCACAGAUCCACAUCCGUCUCCAGAAACCAGCAGAUAUUCCUCCGCGACAUAGAGCAGAUGCCACAGCCGACGUACGUCCAAGCCCUCUUUGACUUUGACCCCCAGGAGGAUGGAGAGCUGGGCUUCCGUCGGGGAGACUUUAUCCACGUCAUGGAUAACUCAGACCCCAACUGGUGGAAAGGGGCUUGCCACGGGCAGACCGGCAUGUUUCCCCGAAAUUACGUCACCCCCGUGAACCGGAACGUCUAGAACCAAGAGAUUAUUUAAGGAAAGCGGAAAAUUAAACACGUACAAAUGAAUUAAGCCGGAGCUGCCUCUCGCAGCCUGAGCGGGGGCUCCGGGCGCCUGGCCGUCACCGGUGACUCUCCCUUUGGCCGGAACUUCGGGGGGUGGGCGGGGAGGUGGAUAUAAGAUGCCAAACUUACCUAUGAAUUAAGAGAAAGAGUUUUUAUUACAGUUUUCACUGCUGCUCCUAGUUCUCCUCUUUGUCCUUUUUUCAUCUUUUUUCUCUCUGUCCAUCAGUGCAUGACGUUUAAUGCCACAUAUAGUCCUAGCUGAUGCCAACAAUAAAAGAAAAGAAACCGCGUGGGCUGGUAUUUUCUCUAUGCAAAUGUCUGCUUCAGUCAGAAGGACUGAAAGAACAGCCAUUGCUGGGUUCUCCAUAGACACGGGGGUGGGGAGAGGUCCCCUAUAGUCUGCCAGAGGGGGCAGUUCAGGGGCGCUGCCCUCCAGCCCUCCCCCCCCAUGUCUUUUGUCAAAGUUGGGAAUGGAGGGGGCACAGGGAGGCGCGCUGCCCCUGCCUUCCUGGGGAAGUUGAAUGAAAGCCUGUCUGCCUCACCGAGCAUGUUCUCAGUGCCUUUCCUUCCUUGGGCUGCUAUGGGGUGUUCUGUGUGAGGGUGUUACAGUGCCGCCCGGUCUGUGUGACGCCUUUCCCGCGGGGCCACAGGAGAAGGGCGGAGUGAGGGUGGCCUGCGCCUGCCUGAGCCCGAAGCUGCCCGCUCUGGCGUUAACACUUGUGACCCCGAAGGGGCGGGAGGGGCGGCCCAGGGAGCAGGGUGCCAGCUGCCGGGGCAGCACAGGCUGCCGCUCUGCCCCCUGCGCUGGGGCUGGCUGGAAGGGCUGAGCGUCCUUGAUUUUGCCAUCUCAGGUGUUGCCUGCCCCCCUCCUCGGUCCCCAAAGACCCCCGACUCAAACCCGGAGCCGGCAUUUCCCACUGGAAGCUGGAGGAACUGGCACUGCUGCCCCCGUUCCCUCUGCGCUGGAAGCAGCUGCGCUCACCUUUCCUGCUCUGCACACCAGGGCCCUGCUCACGCCCUUGCUCUCUUGUCUCCGCCUGCCCUGCCAGGUGAGCCUCAGGGCCGCCCUCAGAGCAGCUGGUGGCCUUCCUGUCUCCGUUCACAGCGGGCUGUGUCAGAGCUGCUCCGCCCAGCCCCCCAAACGCAGUGCCUCCGAGAAGCGGGAGAGCAGGAGGGAAGACUGGAAACCAGGCCGAGCCCAGGGAGAAGCUGUCCAUCUCCUGCCGCCGCUGCCCUCGGAGCCCCGUGCCUGUGAACUGCCGGCCGGAUCGGUGACUGGUGACGGUCCCGGGUGGUCCUUGGAGUCUCCCCGGACUCUGGGCCUGGAGCCGGCCCCGGGGGCCCAGGAGGCUCGGCUCCUCCGGACAGAAUGCGGCCUCCUCGCUCGCUCCCUCCCUGAGAAAGAAAUCUGGCCGCCUGCGCCUGGACCACGUGAUUGUUUUAUUUUGGAAUUGGUGUAUAUCAUGGAGCCUUGCUGAACUAAGUUUUGUGUGUGUAUAUUUAAAAAAAUCAGUGUUUAAAUAAAAAGACCUAUGUACUUAAUCCUGUAACUCAGAGUAAAACUUGGUAGGUAGUGAUUAACUGUGAACAAUAAACCUGCAGUGACUUCUUCA